GGUCAGCAUGGGAGUGUACAAGAGUCAGUAGGGCAGUGUACAGGGGGUUAGUAUGGCAGUGUACAGGGGGUCAGUAGGGCAGAGGACAGGGGGUCAGCAGGGCAGAGGAUGGGGGUCAGCAGGGAAGAGGACAGGGGUCAACAGAGCAUUCAGCAUACAGAGGUCAGCAAUGCAGAGGACAGAAGUCAGUAGGGCAGUGUGCAAAGAUCAGCAGGGUAGAGGAUAGGGGUCAGUAGAGUAUUGUAAAGGGGUCAGCAGAGCAGAAGACAGUCAUCAGCAGACAACAGGACAGGGUCACUGCUGGCAGAGCA